AUGAUGGUAAUUGUAUCAACUCGCAACGUCGUCUCAUGCAACAUCCUUGAAGUCAACUGCACCGGCAGCCCCCGCGCCAUUGGCCUCACCCACGGCACAGCCGCCAGGUCCUUGGUCCAUGGCUCCCUGGCAUUCUACAAUAUUCUCUUUCAAACAAAAUGUAAAAUGCACUGGUCAGAUGCCAAACUAUUUGCUCGCAAAUUCCACCCUUAUCUAGAGCAGAGUUGGCCUCAGUAUGUUGCGGAAAUGGAAGGCGUUGCCGAGGGCGCUGGAGUCAGCUACGAGGACAUUCUGGCGCUGAAUGUACGAACUGAAAUUGCAUAUGGGGCAUUUAAUGAUGGAUGCACGGGCCUUUCAUGGAAGGGAAAGGGACAAAGUUUGUUGGGCCAGAAUUGGGAUUGGAAUCUCGAGUCGGUCUUCUCUCUACCUCGGCUUCUGCUCUCAGCUGACCAAGAUGAGAGCUCGCUUCAGAUGAUAGCCGAAGCCGGCAUCCUCGGAAAAAUAGGCCUUAACUCCCACGGUGUGGGCUGCACACUUAACGCCAUUACUGCCAACGGAGUUUCAUACAACAAAAUGCCCUGCCACCUGGCUCUGAGAACUAUCCUGGAGUCGACUUCUCGCUCUGCUGCGACGAUUCAGACGCUCGAAGAAGAGGGUGUGGCCAGUUCUUGUCAUCUGCUAGUUGGCGAUGUCACAGGAGGGACAGGGCUGGAGUGUAAUAGAGAGAAUAUUGUGCGGUUGGAAAUGGAUCCGGAGGGCCUGAUAAUGCAUACCAAUCACUACAUCUUACCGCACAACGAAAAAGUGGCCGAAUCCAAAAACUUGCUGCCUGAUACGUGGUAUCGACUAAGGAGGAUUGGCGAGUUAGUGGACGCGGUGAAGAAGGAGGGCCCAAGCAUCAAGUUUGUCGAGGUUGUUCCUCGAUGA